AUGGCUGAUGGAAUCACCAGUGUGAUGACGUACUCGUCCAAGAGGGAUGAUUACGUGGAGGUCUUCAGCUUCGACCGCUCUAAGGACCCGCGCCUCGCAUCUCUGCCGGCAACGGUGCGUUUUGAGAAGGAGGCCCACAGGAAGCGUGUUGAUGCUCCGGCCCUCGGGGGACAGGCUGAGAUCGAGUUUGAGCAGCGUUGCGACUGCAAGUCCGCCGAGAAGUUCGUGGAGCAUAUGAAGGGGAGCCAGAGAUGCCUUAUCGGCGCCGAGGUCACGAUUUGGAAGAUUGUGCCUCGUGGGGGUGGGCGGUACGCGCGUGGGCUCAGCGGGCUGAUUGCGGAUGCGGGGAAGCUGGGCCUGAAUCUCGACUUUGGGCCCCUCGUCCGCCUCGAGGGGAGGGAGGUCCGGCUUCAGGACCCCUCGCUGCUGAUGUGCCUCCGGGACACGUCCAGCGCCGAGGAGGUGGAGCAGGAGCUGGCGCGCGCCUUUGGCGAGCUGGGGGACAAUGCGUGGCAGCACCCCAUCCGGGCGACCAACAAGGCGCUCUGCUCGCGCAUCGGCAUCGCGGUGCAGCACUGCAAGGUGAACAAGUUCAAGUCGCCUCCGCCGGGCUACUGGAGCAACCUGCUGGACAAGCUCAACCUCAAGGCGCUCGGCACAAAUUACUACCCGCUGUGCGAGGUGCCCGGCGGCGGCUUGCAGCCCGGCUUGCAGCUGCUGCGGGAGUGCCCGACGUUGCUGCUCGGCUGCGAUGUCCACCACGCCGCGCCCGGCUCGAGCAGGCCCUCCUACGGCGCGCUGGUCGGCACGAUGGACAAAUUCUUCUCUUCCCACUACACCGAGGUGCGGGCAAUGACUGGCCGGCAGGAGUGCAUCCCGGUAGACGACAUGCAGAGCAUGGUGCGCGAGCAGCUGAAGGCCUUCUACCGGUACAACGGCAUACCUCCCCAGCGCAUCAUCUGCUAUCGCGACGGCGUGGCGCACAACCAGUUCGAGGAGGUGCACGAGGUCGAGAUACACGCGAUUGAGCGGGCGUGCCACGCGAUUGAGCAGGGGUACCAGCCUCAGAUCGUCUUCAUCGUGGAGCAGAAGGGCGGCGGCGCGCGCUUCUUUGCGAACGAGAAUGGGCGCGUGCCCGGCCAGCAGAUGGGCAACCAGCCUCCUCUCACGGUGGUCGACACUGUGGUGGUGGACGAGUCGACCUUCAGCUUCCACUUGACCCCUCACCACGGCAUGAAGGGGACGUCUCGCGGCAACCUGUACUCUGUGCUGCGCAACGACCCCAACCUCUCCUCCGACGACCUGCAGCGCUUCACGAGCCAGCUCUGCCACCUCUUCCAGCGCUGCAAGAAGAUCGUCUCCAAGGUUGCCCCAAACUACAACGCUCACCUCGCUGCGGAGAUGUGGGGGCUCAAGGAGGAGCGCGAAAGCUUCUCCGACACGGCCUCGGUCAGCAGCGACGCCGCCGCAUGCGAUGUGCACGAGCGCCUGAAAACGCGUCUCUUCUACACAUGA